AUGAAGCCUUCUUACAAAGUUGCCUUAUUAGAUAUCGAGGGAACCACUACACCAAUCUCAUUUGUUCAUGAAACAUUGUUUCCAUAUGUUAAAAAAAAUUUAGUAAAAUUUUUGGAUGAGAAUUGGUCAGACAAAGAAAUGAAAGAAAAUAUACAACUGCUACGUGAGCAGGCAACGAAAGAUGUGAACGAAGGAUUAGUUGGAGCCAAUUUAAUUCCUGAAGAAACGGCCGAUAACAUCGAUGAAGUAAAAAAAUCUAUAAUUCAAAAUAUUGAAUGGCAAAUGUCAUUCGACAGAAAAAUUGGUGCUCUUAAAUCAUUCCAAGGGUACAUUUGGAAAUCAGGGUUUGCUUCCGGAGAAUUGGAAACAGU